AUGAAACGAAAGGCCGAGAAACAACAGACUGCUGCUCCCGUCAGCGCCUUUGCUGCGCGCAAAGCUCGGCAGCAACAAGCUCAAAUUGUGACGGCACCGAAGGCUGAGCCAGAGGUUCAACCAGCUGCUGAGCCCCCUUCCAAGCGACCGCGACGAUCGCUCGAGGUUGAUCAGCCCGUCGAGACAAUUUCACCGGAACCUCGAGGCCCGCGAACACGUUCGUCUAAGAAGCAAGAUGCACCACCGCCUGCAGGAAAUGUGAAGGAACGCCAAGUGAAAGCCGUAAAAAAGCAACAGGAAGAAUCUCAGACUGCCGAACUUGAGGAGGAAUCCGAGGAGGAAGAAUCCAAGGGCAACGCGACAGAGGAUGUGCAUGAGAUGUCCGAGAAUGAAGUCGCGUCCGUCGCUGGCGACGCAGAUGGAUUUGAGUCCCCUGCGGAGACACCUGCGGAACUUCAAAAUUUCCCAUUGUCGAAAUCCCGGAUCAACAAGAAAGACAUUGUUUAUGCAGACGACAGUACUCUCUGUGUCCGCAUCAAGGAAAAGAUGAACUUAGUUUUGGUGGGCCAAUACGAUCUUUGGGUGAAACGGGGAAUUGUCAGUGUCAUGGGAGCCAAACUGCACCCUUCUUCGCAAGUGUAUAGAGUGUACGCUCCCUCGACCCACUCUUUGCCCGUCAUCAAGUGUGUUGCUGGUGUUGAUGGGGAGGCUGAGGUGGAAAUCAAGUCCUGCAGCAGCGGUCUCUCUUGCCUCCGGGACCUCUCCCCCCUAUACCAAAGAAUCUGGAACGGACAGAAUACCGCUGCAGACAAGCUCACAUUGAAAGGCGCUUCUCAAGAUUCCCGGCGCACUUUCUCGGUGCUUUAUACAUCAGCAGAUGAUACAUUGAAAAGACACUUGCGCCCUCUUCAUCUCGACAGGAAAUGGAGCGCCUCGAUGAAAGCACUUUCUAUGCGUCAAGGGAAGCUCCGAGUCUUGGUAUGCGGCCCCAAGGCAUCUGGAAAGUCCACCUUCAGUCGCUACUUGUUGAACCAUGUGCUCAGCCCGGCGCCUGACACCGAGAAUGGAUUUGUCAACACCGAUGGUGUUGCCUUCCUGGACCUCGACCCAGGGCAGCCUGAAUUUGCUCCCAUGGGCCAGGUCUAUCUCGCUCAUCUGCGGACCCCCUUCUUCGGACCUCCAUUUGCUCAUCCAUCCCUCGACAACCCACGCGAUGGCCAAAUAGUACGAGCCCACCAUAUUGGAUCAACUUCGCCUAAGGAAGAUCCCGACCACUACGCACUAGCUGUGAUGGAUUUAUUGAGCCAGUACCGCUCGCUUUUGUCACAAUACCCUCAGUGCCCGCUGAUCGUCAAUUAUCCCGGAUGGAUCUUUGGACAGGGUCUGGAGGUGGCUACCUGGUUGAUCCAGUGCUUAGGCUUGUCAGAUGUUGUUUACAUGAGUGAAAAGGGUCCUACAGAGGUCGUGGACCCCUUGAGCUUUGCUGCCAACAAAGCUCAGGUUCCCUUAACGAUUCUGCCCUCUCAGCCUACAGAUUUUGUGAGCCGUUCCAGCGCUCAAUUGCGCUCCAUGCAAAUACAGUCAUACUUCCACAACUCUCAACCCACCGACCUCAGCAACCCUCUCUGGCAAGAGGAACCACUCUCCCGCACGAGGCCACUUGCUGUGGACUACGCUGGCUCGAAGCAAGGCAUUCUGGGUAUCAUGGUCCUGGGAUCCCAAAUCAGCCCUGAUAUGCUGCGGGAAGUACUUGAGGGAGCUAUUGUCGGUGUGACAGCUGUGGAAUCCCCCAGCGCAAUUAUUGGAGAAGUUUCUGCUCAAGAUUCCUUGGAAGAAGAAGAAGAAGAAGAAGAAGAAGAUGAUGAUGAUGAAAAUGAUUCUGACCCGGAGCAUGUUAAUAUGAAUGCCAAUGAGCAAAUUGGAAGCGGUACUACCACUUCUUUCGAGACCAACGGUGUCAUCAGGACAAAAGAGGGUCUUCCUUACCUCUUUGUUGGUUCUGGAAGCUGCACUCCCUUGGAUCCGAAGGCAUCUAAUUGCCUUGGUCUGGCUUUGGUUCGCUCGGUCAACGUUACUUCGCAGAAGAUCGAGCUCUCUACUCCUAUUCCCUCUACGCGUCUACGGGAUGCUAUCGAGCGAGGACACCAGCUCGUGCUUGUUCGUGGCCAAUUAGACAACCCCAACUGGUCUAUCAGCGAAGAGUACCACGCUGCAAGGGCCGCUGAACGGCGCUAUCAGGAGUCAAUUGCCGAGGCAAAGCAGGGUGGUGACUUGCAGAAGAUCGAUAAGGCCAAUCCCAACCAAACGCUUUCUAUGCUUCGUGAGAGGAUUCGUCGUGCUAGCAAUGUCCCUUGGAUGACAGUUGUGGAGGAUAAUAGCCGGCGACAGCGUGAGGCUGCCGCUCGACGUGAAAAGUCGCUGUGGAAGCUGAGGAAGAAGGCCUACCCAGGCAGUGAGAGCGAGACUGACUGGUAG